AUGAUUUAGUUGAGACCUUAAAUUUCACUAAAAAUCGAUAAAAUGUCUAAAGAUGGUAUAUGCAUUAGAAUAUUUGGAUGGUUUCUAUUCUAUGUCAUUUUGUAGAUAAUGAUGAUAAAUAAUAGAAAAAAAUAUUUAUCCUAUGAUAUUAGAUUAACUAAAUUUGAAGUAGAUGUUAAACAAAAUGAAUAUAAGAAUUUAAAUUAUACUAAUACAACUGGUAAAUAUACAUUUCCUAUUCAAAAUAUAAGUGAAAUUGAAUUAAAUCUAAAUGUUACAAUCAAUAAAGUAUUUUAAUCAUUUAAUGUUUUAGAAUGAUUAUUAUGAUUUAGAACAUGUUAUGGUUAAGGAAGAUGAAAUACUUAAUGAUAUGAAAUACUAAUUAAUAGUACAUUCAUAAGAUUAAACUCUUGUCCUUAAUAAAACACAUUAAACUUCAUUAAAAUGCAAAUCUAAGAGUUAAUUAAUUUAAUGUACAGGUUAUCUAGAAUCAAUUAUCAAUAAAGGUUAUAAGGAUUUAUAAUUCUAAUUACUAAUCUUUCAUCAUAAUGCAUUAGCUAUUCAUUCUCAAACCUUAACAUUACUCUAUGAGAAUAAUCAAUAUUACACUAUGAUUUUGAUUUUUUAAGUAACCAUAUUUUAAUACAAUAAUAGGUUCUUUUCCUAUUUUUGAUACUAUAUGGGAUUUAUUAUUUUUUCAGCAAUUUGAAUGAUUAUCCUAAAUAAAUCUGGCCCAAAAUGUAAAUCCUAAUAUAUAUAUAAUUAGACAUUAAUGGCUAUUGUUAUUAUUGAUAGGAAUGAUUCUCUAUAAUUUUCCUAUUCUUCUAAUUCGAAAUCAAUAUGGUUAAUUUGUUCACUAUUACUAGAAUUUAGUAGAAUUAUUUAUUUAAUCAGGAUUAUUCUAUUUUUGGUUAUCUAUUUUUGAAUUAGAAUAAACUUAAUCUGUUGAAAAUGAUAGAUAAAUCAAUUAAAAUUAAUUUAGUAUUUGGAAUUUAUUAAAAUUACUAUUGGUAAUUUUAUAUACAGUUCCAUAAGCAUUAAUGGAUACAUUUAUAUUUAUAAUGCAAGAAGAAUUAAUGUAAUAUGAUCCUAGAGUUGAAAUACCAUUUUAUAAUAUUUACUUGAAAUUUGUAAUUUUAAGUUUAAUUGGAUAUUCUGUAUGUUUUGUAUUUCUUUUAUACAAAUCAUUUAAUCAACAUGAAAAAACAACAUCAAUAACAGAGUCUGCAGUUAUUGAAAAUGAGAAAUAAUAGGAUCCAUUUUAUGAAGGUUAAUAAAUAAAAUAAUCAGAGAGUUAAGGAGAAAUUAGAAAUUAUAAAUUAUUGCAUAUUUUAUCAACAAUUUGCUUUUCAGCUUUAGUUUAUUAUCAAAUAGUUACAAUAUUGGAACCAAUUGUAUUAACUAGUUCUAGUACUAUAAAUGAAUGGGCAUUAAUAAAUAUAUAUUUAUGUAUGAUUGUAUAAUUAUAUAUGCCUUAUAAUGAACCAUUUGAGGAUGAAUAAUAAAAAUAAAUGUAUGGAGAUAUUGAAAUGGAUGAUUUAAAUAAGUAUAAAUAAAUAUACAUAAUUAGUAAGAGUACUAGAAGAGUAAAACAUAAAAAUUUAGCUAAUAAGAAGUUUUAUACAAAAUAGAAAGAUGAGAAUAUGGGUUAAGAAGAUGAUAUUCAAAUAUGA